AUGCCGCCAAAAAUACAAUGCGGCAACCCCUUGUUUUUAUCUUGGAUGCAAGGUCAGUUACGCGGAUGUAAAUCUUUAGCUUCUUGUCCUAUCACAUAUCCGAGACCUAGAGAUUUAGUAUGUUUAAGAGGAAUCGGACCUAAAAUAGUCAGUGUGCUGGAGAAACGGUGGAAGGUGCAUUGUGAGGAGAAUGGUUUAGCUUUACCUGGUACUCCUCAAAGAAAGACAGGGAAGAACCGAGCCCCCACUCCUCCCUCAGACAUAUCAAUAGAUGAAUCCGUCCCCACGCCCUCUCAAGAUCCUCAGCCUUCUAAAAAAGCUCGGAAACCUGUCAAACCUAAGGUAUACGUACCUCAACCUGGUUCAGGGGGAUAUGGCAUACUUCUCGCUCUCAUCCUUGCUAUUGAUGAUCCUAGACGAUCAACCCAGGUUUUCCUCACUAAAGGGGAGGUGAUGAAUGCGGCUCAAGAAUACUGCGAUAGUAGCUACGAGAGGAGUGACAAGGGAACACAUUUCACAGCUUGGAGCAGUAUGAAAACUUUGGUAAAUAAAGGUUAUGUUUAUGUCACUGGAAAUCCACACAAGUAUUGUUUGACAGAGGAGGGAUAUGAGGUAGCCUUAGCCGUGAGAAACCUUCGACCCGAGUUCUCUCACAUGGAAAAACAUCCCUUUUUACACUCUCCUGCUCGUGUGGGAUCAUCGUCCAAAGCGCCGACAUCCCACAAACCCCUCGACUCAGCGACGGCCUCAGGACCGUCCAUCGUUCACAAGGAGAAGAUCGUUCCUAGGAAGUCAUCUGAAAAAUUCGAGUUUUGGUAUAUCGAUGCCUUCGAGUCCCGCGUACAUGACAUGUCCGAGGCGCUCCUUCGUCUCGAUCCCGACGAAUUCGUCAAUAUCCGCAAGAUCGAAUUUCGAUUUCAUCAGAGAGACCACCCCUUUACCGCUCAGCUUAGGAUAGUGGAUACCACUGCUAGGGUACGACAUGGAACGGAAGCAACAUUAUAUGGCUACAUCAUAGAAGAUACUGCGCCGCCAAGAUGUUCUACAUUCUCCUUGUCGGGAGACGCUCCUAUGACCAAGGACAUAUCUCCACCGAGGCUAAGCAACACUGCUGUGACGCUUAACGACGAUUCUGCAGGUAUCAGCGAUGACGAGGAUUUUCUGCCCAUCAUGGACAAGUCGACUGUCAUUGACAGGCCUACAUCAUCGGUGACUACGGUACCUAAGUCUUCCUCCCUUCUCGCAGCCGAAGCUACCGUCCAUCGGAAUACAAUCACCGGUCAAAGCCAAACUACCGCUUCACUAAAGUCGACACGAUCCACUCAAGUCUACCGUCCAGCACCUAGAUUAUCCUCGCACAUGCCUGCCCCGACCGCCAUUCCAGACUCCUCGGAAAAGCUAACUAAUCCCGUCCCAGCUUUCACUCCAGCGGAUGCCAUAACAUUCCCUGCUGGGUCAUACGACAUCGUCUUGAUCUUGGACACUCGGGAGGUCGAGUCGAAAACUCGUCGGGAUGAAUUUGCAGAAGCCCUCAUCAAGAAGGGUAUAAACGUCGAGCAACGGGCGUUGAGGCUGGGUGAUAUGUUGUGGAUCGCCAGGCGGAGGGACGGUUGGGGAGGGGAAGCGGAUGAAUGUGUUUUGGAUUAUGUAGUGGAGAGAAAACGUCUUGACGACUUGUGUUCUAGUAUCAAAGAUGGUCGGUAUACUGAGCAAUGUUUUCGUUUGGGAAAUUCGGCCAUUUCCCAGGUAUUUUACAUUGUCGAAGAUUACAAUGUCGCCGAACGUAUGGCUUAUGAUGGACCUGCCAUUCUCACCGCUAAAUCACAAUUACAAGUUCACGCCGGGUUUUUCUUGAAAGAAACACAUCGAUUAUCCGAAACCAUCGAUUUCCUCGUUACCAUGACCAAUCUUUUGACAUCCAUGCACUUUCAACAUGAUUUGAAAAUCCUUCCUACCAAAUAUAUCAGUCGUUCUUCUUACACCACUUUUCAAGAUUAUCUCCGUAAGACUUAUCCGCGACAAAAAUAUUUGACAAGUUUCGAAGCGUAUCAGAGUUUGAAUGACAAGUCCGCAUCGAGGACAUUGAGGGAACAGUGGGGUAGAAUGUUGUUGUGUAUCAAAGGGAUAAGCGCGGAGAGAGUAUCAGCGGUUUUGGAUGAAUAUGAUACUCCUGUGGCUUUGUGGAGAGCUAUGAAACAAGCGAGGGAGGUGGGGGGUGAGAUCCGGGGUACCGGCGUCGAUGAUGGAGUGGGAAAGGGCGCUCAGGAAGUCGUCGUGGAUGAUGUGAUUAAUGGAAAAGGAAAGAAGAGGAAACGAGAAGUAGAAGGGUUCUUUGCGGAGAGGAUCAAGGGAGAAGGUAGACGAAAGAUUGGAGAAGCUCUGAGUGUUGUGAUGUGGAACGGUCUGAUGGGCAAUGAAGGUUGACCGGGGUCUUGGGGUGAUGUUUUGAACAUUGUUCGGAUCUUGGGUCGUUUGGAGAUUGGCUAAGUGAAACUGACAUCGAUCUCAAUCUAAGCAUGAAGAGUUCAUGCUCUUACAAAUGUGUCACUUUCAGUAUGAUGGUGACAGUCGCCAGUCCCCUACAUCGUCCGUUACAUCCGUCGUUAUAUCCGUGAUCCGCGAGUGGAGCUCCAUGGGCUAGAAUGCUCGGAAGAGAUGUUGAGUUGGGCGGAGAGGUACAGUUCUUUGGGUCUUGGACCUUGAGUGGGGGUGGAUUCACAUUCCGCAGACCGGGUUAUGUUAGACGGGUAAAGUAGUAGCCGGAGUGACGCUUGUAUAUGUACGAUUACCGUAUUACGAGUAGGACUUCAAGUAGCAUGCUACUAGCUACUCAUUG